AUGAAUCUGAAACUGUUACUGAUUUUAUUGCUUGCCUUGUGCGGCUCCUCGGUUUCAAUUUGCUUGAAGAGCAGUACGAUUCAGUAUGCGUACAAAGACAAAUGGUAUUAUUUUGAAACUUUCUACAAGGCUACAUGGUUCAAGGCCUUCAUGGCCUGCAAUAGAAUGGAUAUGGAAUUGUUGAGCAUUGAUUCCAAUGAGGAGUUCGAUAAAAUUCAUGAGUUCGUCAAGAAUAAAACGGAAUAUAAGAAUAAUCAGGACCUCUGGACGUCGGGGACGAUGAAGGAUGCAGGUCAAUUCAAUUGGAUGUACACCGGAAAUCCGGUUAGUGUGUCUAGAUGGCAUACGGGCCAACCGAACAAUUAUGGUGGAAAGCAGUUUUGCCUGCACAUGUGGUUGGAUAAAAAUCAGUUCCGGCUGAACGAUAUGGAAUGCUUUAAAGAAAAUGUUGCUGCGAAGAUGAACCUGAAACUGUUGGUGAUUUCCUUGGUUGCGUUUUGCAGUUUCUCGGCUCCGACUUACGUGAAUGAUAAACUCUAUUAUUUCGAAACUUACUUCAAGGCGUCAUGGUUCAAAGCCUAUAUGACUUGCAGUAAAAUGGGCAUGGAAUUGUUGAGCAUUGAUUCCGUUGAGGAGUUCGAUAAAUUUCAUACGCUCGUCAAGGAUAUUGUGGAAUAUAAGAAUAAUCUGGACCUCUGGACGUCGGGGGCGAUGAAGGAUGCAGGCCAAUUUUAUUGGAUUAAUACAGUAAAUCCGGUUCUCUCUUCAAAAUGGCAUCCGGGCGAACCGAACAAUAAAGGAGGAAUGGAGUUCUGCUUGCAUGUUUUUUUGGAUAAUAAACAAUUCCUGCUGAACGAUUUGGAAUGCAGUAUAGAAAAGUACUUUGUAUGCGAAUCGAGGAAAAUUUAA